ACCAAAUCGUUGAAUUGGGAAGACAUUACAGGUUAAAUUGUAGCACGCGAGUGACUACCAAACAAAAUGGAUUCCAAAUUGAAUAUUCGCUCCUAUAGAAACGAGGAUAUGAAGGUGCUGUUGGAAAUGACCUCUGAAGAAGGAUGGAGUUUUUCUGAGAUUGAUUGUAGGGUUAGCUUGAAAGUUGACCCGGAAGGAUUGCUUGUAGCAGAAGACGAGACAGGAAUGCCCAUUGGAUUUAUUAGGCUUUUCAGUAUGACGUCAAACAUGACGUAUGUGAAUGUUUUCGUUGUGCGAAAAGAUCUGCAUGGGAACGGAAUCGGGAAAAAAUUAUGGGAAGCCAUGCUAAAGGUCACAAAAGACAACACUUUAGUCCUUGAUGGUGUUUCACAAAUGAAAGGGUGGUAUGAAAAGCGGGGUUUUUCUUUUGAAGCUCACAGUGCCAGAUCUUUCCAUGGAACAUUUUCAUUUCAGGAAUCUGUGACUUUACGAAAUUCAUAUAACAUUGUUCCUCUCUCAGACGAUAUAUGGUCAGCACUUAUUGCGUACGAUAAGCAAAUUUACCCAUACUCCAGAGAGCAUGUUCUGCGAGCGUGGUUUUGUGGGGCCGACAGAUACACCGCUGUCGCAUUCCUCGAUAAAAGUGUUGUCGGUUAUGCAAAUAUUCAUUGGAAAUCAAAGAAAGAAUGUAACAUCCGUGUAUUAAACGCUGAUAAUGACGUCAUUGCAGAUACAUUACUUCUGAAUCUGUUGCAACAUAUUCCUCUAGGUUCAAAGGUUUCCUUCAUUUUAAUGGAAGGUAAACCCAUUCCAAAGUAUCUCUCAAAUUUCAAGAGUUCGGUUACUGGACAUAAACUAUUUACAAAGGAAAUGACUGGUAUUCAAACCGACAAAAUAAUAUUUCACAUGUGUCACACAAUUUAAAAAGGACAUGUAAAAGGGCUAUAUGUACAGAUAUAUAAAUUUCUGAUUUGGCUUUAAAGUAAUACAAAUUAUAGUAUCCUCUUCAGAUAUGUGUUAAUGUCAAGUAACCUUCACCGCUACAAAGCCUCACACAUAUGGAUAUAUAAUAUAGAUUGAUACAUAUUUGUUGCAUAUCGCAUCGGAAUAUACAAUGAAAUACUUACAUUUCAAUGCCAAGAUAUAGCAAAAUAUCUCUUUCAACGAGAGUGUUAUGGUUGUAAAAUACUGGACCAUUUAGGAAAUUACUCACUUAUUAAGUUGGAAAUACCACGCUAUUCGUAGAAACAACCUCAGCAAAUUCGAGAAAAUAGAAAAUCUUUCUUUGUUUCAACAUAUUACUGACUGUUUUCUGGAAACGAUAUUUUAAUAAAAAUGAUGUAUCUUUCAGGAAUUGACAUUUCACUUAAUAUUAAUCAUUACGUAAAUGAAACCCCAUGUAUUGACUAAAGCAAAAAGGAUGACCACGGGCAUUUUAGCUGUUUUAUGGUCAUCUCAGUCGGUACGGUGUCGUAUUUGAAACCAAGUAUUUAUUUUUCGUAAUGCUUGGUUAAAGCAAAAGUUUAAAAAACGAAAAGCAUGGUUACCAUUUAAGAUAUAUUUCAAAUGGAUGAUGUUGCAUUUGUGAAUAUCUAAGAGCAAUGAAAAAGAAGUUAGGCACAGUUUACGAAUAAACAACCCUUUGGUAAAAAAUAAAAUAGGAAGAAUG